ACCAAUGAGACGCGAGGAAUGAGGAAGAGGAGAGGACGAGGAGCCACAGAAGUUUAGUUGAAGAGCUGGUUCAGUUCUCGGAUGAUCCUAGUCGACCUAGACCCGAUUCAGACCCGGUUUAGUGUUUAGUUCUAUAAAGUAGACGCUUUGUUUCACAGCAGCUGGGUUCUUAUUGCGCAGAGUCAAAGUUUAAGUGAUGAGUUGUGGCGCAAAUGGCUGGUGCGCUCGUUUUGUGGAGCGACAUCGCGCAGCCUUGAAUUUCACCGCUUUAGUUCUUGGAUAUGUUUUGUAUCUCAUCGUCGGAGCUGGGAUUUUCUCCGCGAUUGAGUUGCCGUACGAACAGGAGCUGCGUCAGGAGCUGAAGGACGCGCGGAGCGAGUUUCUGAACGCGAGUCCGUGCGUGGAUGAAGCGCGGCUGGAGAAGCUUCUGGCGCGGGUCCUGGAGGCGAGUAACUACGGGGUGACGGUGCACUGGAACGACUCGGAUCAAAACUGGGACUUCAUUUCAUCUCUGUUCUUCACCAGCACCGUCCUGACCACGACAGGUUAUGGCCACACGGUGCCUCUUUCCGAUGAAGGAAAAGCCUUCUGCAUCUUCUACUCUCUUUUUGGGAUCCCCGUCACCCUGCUCUUCCUGUCUGCAGUCGUGCAAAGGAUCAUGGUCUUUGUUACCCGGCAACCCAUCACCUACUUCCACAGACGUUGGGCUAUGUCAAAAUCCGUCCUAGCUUUGAUCCAUGCGACCUGUUUGGGAAUCCUGCUCACGUUACUGUUCCUGAUCAUCCCGUCUUGGAUAUUUGUGACAAUGGAAAAAGACUGGAACUUCCUGGAGUCGGUGUAUUUUUGUUUCAUCUCCUUGACGACCAUCGGCCUGGGGGAUUAUGUUCCUGGGUCCACUCAUAAUAAACAAGGACGCCCACAUCCGCACCUCUACAGGCUGGGAAUCACAGUGUACCUGCUGGUGGGUCUGAUCUGCGUCCUGGUGAUGCUGGAGACGUGCUGUGAGCUGCCGCACAUGAGGAGGUUAAGACAAAGAUUUUACAACGAAAAAGUUCACGAACUCGACCCGGAGACCACCACCAUCAUAGACCGGGACCACCUGAGCGAGACGCCGCAGUACACCGCCGACCCGCUCCCCGCGAUCCUACCCACAAUCCCCUCUGUCUCCGAGCAGGCGGCGUCUAUGAAGAAAGACAGCAGUUUGGCUUAUACGGCGGCGAAUGGAUUGGGUGGAAAACUCAGAUGAUGACAUACAAAAGGCUGUGUUUUAAAUGCACCUUCUAGGAUUAUUUAAAAUGAAAACGCAUGGGGCACGUUGGCGUCGCCUGGGUAAUUAACCAUAUUUAAAGCCACACUGUGGGACUUUUUGUGUAGGGUCUGCCACGUGUUUGUCUCCGUGCAGAUAUUAUUGCCUUUUCCUGCAGUGUUCUCCCAGUAUGGCAUUAAACUAUCUCCAUGAAGACAAGCAGGUAACCCCACCAGGCUAAGUUACUGUCAGCGGAGUCGCCUCUUCACAGAUCUGACCAGUAACAACGGCUGUUUUUUAAGGUAUUUAUAAGUAAUAAAAAUACACGUCAUGAAAGAAAAAAACUAAACAAAACUGCAAGCUUGAUUUAAGGCUGUACAGUGUAUUUUUGGCAAAGCAAUGACAUCUCCAUGGAGACAGAUCCUCUACCAGAAAGGUACACAGUGCAGCUUUAAAAGGUCCUGUAUUACACAAAAUUGACUCUUGUAGCUUUAAGUCAUGUUCUAAUACUGUUACUUCCUCAAAAUCAUACCUUGAGUUGUGUUUUGUUUCAUUCACACAUGUUUGAGUAACACUUUAUUAUUAGUCUGUCUACAUCUCCAAAGCUCAAAAUGCUCCGUUCCACCUUGUGAUGUCAUGAAGUGGUAGUUUUCAAGUUAACAGCUCCUUUUACCUUUAGUUCAGUAGAGAUCGGUAAUUCCAGAGCAGAAGUCAUUCAAAUGAUUCUAGUGAGAGAGAGUAGAGUAAUGUAUGGAGAAAAUAAAAACAAAGUGAAGCUCUUCUAGUAUUACAACAUGAUGACAUCACAAGGUGGAACAGAGUGUUUUCAGUUUGAGAGAAGAACAAAGCCUAAAUGUGCAGUUUUUGUGUGUUAAACAUGUGUGAAUGAAACAAAACAUAACUCCAGGUUUGUUUGUGUCGAGGAAACAACAUUAGAGCAGAGAUCAGAGCAUAGUGUAACAUGGGCCCUUUAAAAAUGGCCUUUUCGAUACUUUGUCUUUCUUUGUAUGUUGGAUUUUUCAUUGCCGCAGCCUCUGGUCAGAUGAGAUUCUUUAAAUAAUGCAGUAGUGAACCAGGUCACUCUUUCUACAGUUAUUUACCUGUUACUUUUAAUCCAGUUCUGUGUUAAAACCAUGUGUCAGCCUGUUUAUUUAUGUUUAUUUCAUGUUGUAAUGUGCAAUACCAGCGAUUCGUUUAUAGAGGGUUUAUUUUAGCUCAUUAACGUAACACAAACCUGUCGUCACGGAGUUAGAUAUGUUAAAUGCCGUUCUGUGAAACAAUCCAGGCAAAGUAAUAACAUCUAGAUGGCGACUAGCAGGUGGCAGAUAGUGACCCAGUGCGCUUUUUAAAAAAAACAUCACAUUUUUCAUUUAAUUUCUGAUCCUAAUAUCGAUUAUUUUGAUUUUGUGAUUGCAAAGACUUGUUAACAUUUUUAAAAGGGAAAAGUUGACAUGUAUUUCAUUUUUUUGUGUCGAAAUGACUUGUAUAGAAUAGGCUCUGUGCACAGUAACACGCUAAGCUAGCUCACUUCUAUUAAAAUCAGAAAACAUAAAGUAAACAAACUAUUCAAAUUAAGAUUAAUUAAAAUAAAGACUACCCAGUUAUUUCUAUAUGUAGAAUACUUCAAUUUGUAGUAGUGUUUUAAUAUUUAUAAUGCCUCAAAAUUAGCAUUAGCGUUAGCACUGGGACACAAACAUGUCUCUUUCUAAACACAGAAGUAUUCAUUUUAUUUGGGCAGUGUUUAACAUGUUAUCAGUGACAUCCACCCACAGCUCCCUGACCCCCACCUCAUCUUUAAAUAUUUAUUCAUUUUAUAGGAAUAGGAAGUGAUCAUGGGUGCGCUUCAUUGACUCUGGCUCCAAUUCACUUUCUAUUGAAAAACUGUGGCCCCUCUCUCUGUAUCUGCUGCUGUCAGACUCGUCAUUUUGGUCUUAAAAUGUUCGUAUUAACCUGCUCUACAUGAUCCUGGGGUUUUUAUUUCACUAUUGUGUCCCUGCUAAACCAGCUGUGGAUGACGUCACACUCACUUAGUCCACUCCUUUACACAGUGUAUGGUGCCAACACUAACAGAAAUGGGCUAAACCAGAAAAACAGAUUAAAAUGCAGAUAAAGAUGUUUUUGUUCCUUAUUCCUGCAGAUACGAGGUUAAAGUUGGGUUUCUAGGAAAGGCUGGGUGGCCUCACUUCCUAAUGCUAUAACUUAACAGUGACAGACAAGCGGUGACAGUUCCAUUUUGCAACUCUCACCCGUGACUUUGAAUAUGGAAAACACAUGUGCAGAUAUAACACAACCAGCAAAGGGCAGGUCCAGACUAAACUCACUGAGGGUUCAGCCAAGUUUCAAGACAAUACUUCUACAUUAAAUUAUACAAAAUGGACUCUUUUGAGCUUUAAGUCAUGUUAUAAUGCUGUUACCUCCUCAAAAACAGACCUUUAGUUGUGUUUUGUUUCAUUCACACAUGUUUGAGUAACACUUUAUUAUUAGUCUGUCUACAUCUCCAAAGCUCAAAACGCUCUGUACCACCACUCAGUGACAUCACAAGGUGGAACAGAGUGUUUUUUGUAGUUUGAGAGAAGAACACAGCCUAAAUAAGCAGGUUUUGUGCAUUAAAAAAACAUGUGUGAAUGAAGCAAAACACAACUCCGGGUCUGUCUGUGAUGAGAAAACAACAUUAGAACAAUUUUCGUAACACGUGCCCUUUAAAGUUAAUUUACCUUCAAAAUUUUAAAAUAUGGUUCCAGUUGGCCCUGAUACUUGCACAAGACUUACCAUAUACAGGCUUACGAUAUUAGUUUGUGUUACAUGUACAUAGUGAAAAAUUCUAACAAAUGUAUGAAGAAAUCACUUAAAACUUUUGAUGAGUCCUUCUAGGCUUGUAAAAGUGUCUUUAGACCUCUAGGUGGCAGCGUUAUCCCACAUUGUGCAAUACUGGCUCUCAUUGACUACUGUAUGAUAAGAUGUAAAUAUGUACUUUAGUAUUAUAUGAAGUUCUGCAUUUGACCCUGCAGUAAACAUGGGUCUGCGGGAGUAUCGUGGUCAAGCGCUCCUGUAUGAAGCCUGUUUUUAGGCUGAAGGGGAAAAUUCCUGAAGAAAUUCCACUAUGGAAUCUGUGACACUCAGUUUACAGUGUUGCUGUGACAAGUAGGGAUGGGACGAUAUAUGAUAAUAUUACUAAUCGCGAUUUUUUUUAAAAAGGUCCGCAAUUAAUCGUUCGUGGCAUUUUUUAAUAAUCGUGAUCACCGCGCACGAUUCGCAUUUACGGCACCAGACUGUCUCAUGUUUGCAGUUUCAAUACAACGUUUAGAUGUUAGUUCUGGUGUUUGCCCACAAGGGGGCCUCUGUCAUAGCAAUGACACUUGUUAGCUUCUGUGCUUAUCUCUGUCUGAUAGCAGAAUAAACCACGCUUACCGAUCGCGAACAGCAUCUGAUCCAUCCAAAAAUAAGGUUCUUUACUCUUGAGUCCACUGUGGGAUCUUCACUCUUUGCUACGAACCGCUCCAGGUCCGAGAUGCCUCUAGUUUAACUUGUACAAACAUCCACAGUGUCCUCGAUCGCAUAUUUCCUUUGUUUUGUCCGUUUCGUCAUGUUUAAAACGCAAAACAACAGUGCGUAAAAUGCGCCAUUAUGCACAGAUUUCUGCAUCCACUCGGUUUCGGCCGUGUCCAAUUCCCAAAGUGAAUUAAUUGCAUCGUUUGCAGUGUUUGUCGACGGGCACUUGCGUCACUUCCGGCGCGACAAGCGCUGUCCCACUUCUGCAACAUGGCGGCUACAUUGAGGAGUACACAUUUUCUUCCGGGUACGUCUGUUUACGGAAAACCAUGGCAUGCGAUACAUCAUCCUGUCCCGCUGCUCAUUGGCUGUAAGGGGAAAACGUCACUAAAUGUGUGUGAUGUAAUUGGUUGAUUCUACAAGGGGAAGAGUGGGGCGUAAACUUUCAGUCAUCUGUAGCACUGAUUCGCUGUCUGCGGCCGCAGUAACCCACAACCCCCACCUUAUUGGCCAACACUGGUGUCAAUCACAAACUGACACAUGUGUUUAGCACUGGGGAACAAAGUUGGCGCUGUCAGAAGUUUAUUAUGCCUGAAAUCGACUAAAGAAAGGCAAAUAAGUGACGGAGCAGAUUUCAUAUUUGGAGUACUUUCCUGCAGCAGAUUGGACAUGGAGGAUCUUAUUUUGUGGACAUAAUUUCUUGACUGGAUUAUAUUCUCUGGACCUUUACGGAACGAAUGAGACCAACUUUGUGUGAAUAUGUUGAUGUUUGACAGAACCAGAGCGCUCAAUGGUAAGUGAAGUCCAGAUUCACACUUUGUGACUUUUCUGUAAAAACGUCUUUCCUGUCAGCGCUGUGGUGAUUGCAUUGUUUGUGUGGGUGACGCAGAAGUGUAUGUACAUUGCUGUAAAGGGCCCGGGCCGUCGGAACGUUAACAAAUUAAUUAUCGUGAUAAUAUCGUUAAUCGUGAUUAUUUUCGCCACAAUAAUCGUUAAUCUAAAUUUUAAUAUCGUCCCAUCCCCAGUGACCAGUGUGAACAUAAUCGAUUCAGACAGGCCAAGUUUCUGUUUCUCCAUGUGAUAAAGGCAUAGUUAAAGCUACAGUUUGUAACUUUCUCCAGCUGGCACGUCAUCUGCAUGAUUACAUGGAAACGGAAAGAUAAAACAUUCUCCAUGGAGAUGUUUUAAGUCAUACUGUGGAAUAUUAUAGCCAAAGGAACAAGAUUUCCAUGGAAACACAGCAGGAGACAGGUUUGUGGAGAUGCGAGCGAACCAAAUAGAUAAAAAACAAACAAAAAACAAACAUGCUUUUAUUUUAUUUAUUUUUUGGGGGCUAAAAAGUUGCAUACUGUGGCUUUAAUAAAUGACUUUUUCUAUAGGCUGUGUUCUUCUAAGUUAUAUUCUACACUUUGAGUUGUGUGUGUCUACAAGUGUCUUAAAAGUAUUCAAAAUUUUGUAUAAAAAAUGAGGAUUUAACCAACAAACUUAACUUGAAAUGUGUAUUAAGUUUUGACACAUGCCAGCACUGCCCCCUGGUGUCCAUAAGUAUAUAUUCAUAUUUAAAGGUGACACUGUGUAAACUCAUGAAGAUAUUACCUGGGAUGUUCCACAGUAUGUCAUUACAUUUACUUGUCUUUACGGAAACAGCAGGUGACACCAUAGGCCCAAGUUACAUAUCAGAUCUGUGAAGAGGCGAGCUGACUUACUGUAAGAAUUCAAGUUUUUAGGUCAAUAAAAACCCAUGUUAUUGAGCAAAUGCAAGAUGGAUACAUUCAGCGUCAUAGCGGGACAUUCCAGACCAAACAUGGAGACCUCCCCACCAGAAAAGUUACGUAUUACACCUUUAAAAACUCUCUAAAUGUAAAUAUCUUUGUACAUAAACUUAAAUAAACCAUUUCAAAC